AUGGCGAAGCAUGUUCCCCCAGCAGUUGACUCAAAGGCCAAUAUCGCCGAAGUUCCCACUAUCAGCCACGCAGAAAGCAACCAAGAACACUCCAAAUUCAAGUCCGCCAAAAAUGCCGACGGCGACACGGCUAUGGCGCUGUUCGAUGACCCGGACCAGCUUCAUGAAGAGGUCGAUCCUGUGGAAGCGAGAAAGCUAUUGUGGAAGAUCGACUUCAUGAUUCUGCCUUACUUGGCUGUUUGUUAUGCAUUCUUCUACAUUGAUAAGACAACGUUGAGCUAUGCUGCUAUUUUUGGGAUUCGGGAAGAUCUCGAUCUACAUGGAACCCGGUACAGCUGGCUGAGCAGUAUUUUCUACUUUGGUUUCUUAGCAUGGGCAUUCCCUACCAAUUUUCUUAUGCAGCGGCUUCCAAUCGGGAAAUAUCUGGGCGCGAAUAUCUUCAUGUGGGGAGUCUUCCUCAUGAUCCAAGCUGCCUGUAACAGCUUCGAGACUCUCGCUGUUCUUCGAGCCCUUGGUGGUGCCGCCGAGGCCUGUUCUGAUCCAGCUUUCAUGCUCAUCACGAGCAUGUGGUAUACCCGUCGUGAACAGCCAGUGCGUCUCGGACUGUGGUACACAGCGAAUGGCCUCGGUAUUGCAUUGGGUGGGCUAUUAGGCUAUGCAAUUGGUCAUCUUAAAGGUGCACUACCGUCUUGGAAAUACGAGUUUGUCGUGAUUGGUGCCCUGUGUUCUACCUGGGGUAUUGUCAUGUUUAUCUUCCUCCCAGAUUCACCCGUUACAGCAAAAGGUCUUACCAAGAGAGAGCGCCGCAUGGCUGUCGAGCGUAUACGAGAAAACCAGACUGGUGUUGAAAAUAAGCAUCUCAAGCCGUAUCAGAUUUUGGAGGCUUUCAAGGACUACAAGCUCUAUAUGUUCUUUGUUCUUGGCAUGGUUUGCAAUAUUCCCAACGGUGGUAUCUCGAACUUUGGCACCAUAAUUAUUAAGGGGUUCGGGUUCUCAACAUUGGUGACUACUCUUAUGCAGAUUCCGUACGGCUUUAUCAUUGCGAUCUCGAUUUUGACAUGCGUCUACCUGAACGACCGCUUCGAAAAUCGACGAUGUGUUUUCAUCCUCAUCUUCCUGAUUCCUAACCUUGCCGGCUCCUUUGGUCUUCGCUUUGUUCCCGUCGAACACAGUGUAGGUCGCUUGAUUUGCUACUACCUGACAGGUCCAUACAAUGCUGCGUUUGUACUCGUUUUGAGUAUGCAAAUGGCCAACACCGCUGGCCAUACUAAGAAAGUCGUUACCAACGCUGUGCUCUUCCUGGGUUACUGCACUGGAAACAUUGCAGGGCCGUUCUUCUAUAAAACCGAUCAAUCACCUACCUAUGCGCUUGGCAUCUGGUCCAUGAUCGUCUCGCACUUGAUUGAGGCCGUUUUGAUCAGCAUCCUUGGUCUACUGCUGCGCUGGGAAAAUCAAAAGCGCGAUCGCAUCCAGUCCCAGAUGGAAGGUGGUCUCGAGGGGAGAGAUCUGGAUGCGACUGCGUUCUUGGAUUUGACGGACAGAGAAAACCUGAACUUCCGAUACAUCUAUUGA